AAUGCUUUCCAUAUUAGUUCAGAGCCUUCUCUGUUUCCAAAUAGCAACCGAGCUGCGGGCUUAUGGUGAGAGGAGGCCUCAGUGGGGAGGGGAAGGGGCAGGAGGCAGACAGCAGGCAGACAGGCAGGCUCACCCACCCUAAACACUGCAAUAGUAAAAGUUGAGAGGGACAGAGGGGAAAGGAGUGAGCAGACAGGAGGAGAUAUGGGGCAGAAAGGUUCCUCAGAGAAGAAGCAGGCCAAGAAGAGGAGAGAUGAAAGUCCAGAGCCAGGACACAACAAUAAGUGCAGAGGCUGCUGCUUCCCGCUGCUCGUCGCCCUGCUCCAGCUGCUGCUGGGGGUGGCUGUCACAGCCGUGGCCUUCCUCAUGUUGGCCAUCAGCCCCUCGCUCCUGACCAGGGAGACGCCACACUGGGCUGGGAUCAUCCUGUUUUUCAUUUCCAUCGUGGGCUUCAUCCUCUACUGUAUCACCUACAUGCCAGACGAGAGGACGUCUCUGCAGUUCAUUGUCAAGCUUCUCUACUUUAUCCUGUGUGUCAUCGGCCUGGUCAUUUCCGUGCUGGUUAUAGCGUUCGCUGGAUACCACUACUCACAGACCAGUAGCCUCAGCUGCGAGCAGGUGGAAGGGGACUGCGUGUGCACCCUGGAUCGAGAUGACCCAAUAGCCCGCACCUUCAUCUACGAAGGCGCCGGUGACUGCGAGGUGAUCAACGGGACGCUCACGCUCUACUUCCUGCUCCAGAUCAUGCUGAACCUGGCCCAAGCGCUCGUCUGUGCCGUUGGGGCCUUCAUCAUGUGGAAGGACCGGUACCAGGUGUUCUUCGCCGGUCUUCAGAUCAGCGCUCCCUCCACUCAGCACUGGCAGAAGGUUUAAUGUGAUGAGGACAGGGUUAAUGGGAUGAGUCUAAUCAGUCAGGUCAGGAUGGAUGGAGGAGCCACAUUCAGGGAAUCUGCCUCUCUGGUGUGUGUGAUUUCUCUGAUGUCAGUUUAUAUCAACCCUUUGUAGUGGCUGUACUUUAAUGGAUUUUUGCACAGAUUUUGUAUGAGUAAGUUUAUACUUCCAACUGCUGAUGUUAUAAAAGUUGUGUAGAUGAAAAGAAGAAAAACCUCUAGUCUACUUGUGAAAAACUAAACCAAUUAUUUGUCUUCCAGCACAAUAAUCAGUUCUUUGCAAUGUUUCUGAUUAUGUUGACAUUUGCUCUUGAGACAUACAACUUAUAUAUAAUUACAGUAUGAGAAAGCACACGUAUUUGUUUUGCACUUAACUCUCAAAAUAUAUAUGCAAAAAUGUCCUUUGAUUUGAGUUACAUUGAUUAAAUGAUCAUGAUUAGUUGCUUCAGUGAUUGAAAAAACAAAUUGUGGUUUGCAAAUAUAAAAUGAUGCAGCUUCAAGCUUUAUAAGUUAAUUGCUUUACAAGGAGAAACAUUGAAGUUUAAACUCUGUAUUGCAACUCACAUCCAUGUUGUUUAUCACAAAAAGAGCAAUUACGUGGAUUAAUUCAACAAACAACCAAACUGAGAUAAAACCCUGCACCAGACAGCUCAGCUAGACACAGUGAGAACUGAUCCUGACAGACUCUCUGCUCCAUGACACUGGAUCCGGACUGAACUGGGCUGUGGCUCAUGAGGGCGGAUGCCAGGCCAGUAGCCAACAGCGACUCAAAACAGCCUGUAGGAGUCAAAAGACUGAAGCCACAAAGAGAGGAGGGAGGAGGGGAGUGCUGGGGUGAGGAAAGGGGGGACUCAGACAGGCAGCUGGACCCAAGUAACUUCUCUGUGUGUUUACAGGAUUUCAGAUGUUGGGACGAGCACAAAAGGAAUAAAACAGGCACAAAAGUUUAGACCGUCGAUUUUAAAAACUGCUCAGUGCAAAGUUUAGUUUUUGUUUCAUUCUUCAGCUCAGGUGCAGAGAACAGGAGUCACCCAUCUACACAUGCUGAGCAGAGACUGGAGACCUAAACCAGGGAUGAUUUAAAUGUAUGUUUUAUUUCUCACAGUAUUGUCUUGGAAUAAAGACUCCAGUAUGUGCAUUUCAAGCCUGUCAAACAUUUUGUGGUUACAAAUACAAAUCUUUGAUUCAGCUAAAUUAUGUUUCCUCAAUUUUCUGUUUCGUAACAUGCAAAAACGGACACAAACUGAAGGGAACUGCUUUGUAGCGAAGACUGAAAACUGAGCAGAAAUAAGUUUCUCUAAACAUGAGCCCAGCACGUUAUUAAAAGUGAAGGAAUUAGAAGUUGAUUGGUUUUCCAAAUGAAGGAUCCCAGCCCAUUACUGAGUCAUGUGUGGCAUGUCUAGAUGUAUUGUGAUAGUUAUUAAUUAAUAAUUAUUAUUUUUUUACAAUCUGGAUUACUUAAAAACAAUUGGGUAGAUCUCCAUUAAACCUGGUGUAAGGUUGUGCUACGAGUCGAGGAAGAACUCAUUAAAGUUUGUU